CAGUUCAGAAGGACUGCAGUGAGCAGAGUGAAGCAGUGAAUGCUCUUUGGGAAUGGGAAAGCCAUUUUAACUCCCUUUGUAAAUCAAAAUAUAAAGCAUAAAGUGUUCUAUCUUGCUUUGUAUCAUCAUAAGAGUAAUAUAAAACUGGAAAUAAACAUUGGAAGGUGCAUUGUCUUCCCUGGCAUUAGGCCUCAACUUCCUCCCAAGAUACACCUAGGGUGUCUGUACACAGAGAACAUGCAGAGAUGUGUUGCCUCUUCUCGCACAUUGCAAUGGCAAAAACUGCUCAUUUACAGUGAAACAGAUGUCAGCAUCUUUCUCCUCUCCCUGUUAUUUGGCCCUCCUCAACUAGCCAUCUAGCAGCGACUCCAGAAAAUUGCCUUUUUUUUCGCUGUUGUCUAAUCAGGUCAGCUGAAUUUAUAAGAGAUGCCCCAUAAUGAAAAAGGGUUAGCAAUGAUAUUUCUAAAAUGUUCUGAACCUGAUUCUCUGCAGAGUGAAUCUUCUGCUCCUGGGCUGGGACAAAAUCAGAGCGUGACUCUUUGUUCUGAUGGACACUGGAGAAAGAGAGAACACAAAUGCUAUAUAGAAGAAGAAACUGCUUUCAGGACUCCUUGUGGAAUGAUAUGCCAGUUGUUCUUUCUCCAUACACUUCAAGGAGAACCAGAAUCAUGCAGUGGCUAAGAGAUGAAGAGGACAGAAAAUCGCGGGUAUUACAACUCCCACCCAUGAUAUUCUCUACAAUACUCUUGGAAUGCUAAUUAAAGAGCGAAAGAUAUAUCACACUGGGGAAGGAUACUUCAUAGUAACCCCAAGUACAUAUUUUAUUUCUAAUAAUGCUGCAAAGAGCAACAAGGGGGCCUUGCUGGAAGAGAAGUGCCUUUCUGAGCCUUCUUUCACAUACCUUGUAAGCGUGGAAGACACUGCAGAGUUGGCACCCGAUAAUUUGCCUGUUGCAUCACAUUGCAGAUCCUGUUAUUGUUUCCUUGGGCACAAUGAAGUGAGCCAAACAAAAUGUCAGGAAUUAGUUAGCCAUGAGCCAAAUGGGAAAAGUCAAAAAGAUUCCUGUGAAUCUAGAUCUUCAGUUCAAAAACCAGGUACAGAGUCACUCGCUGGCAGUCGUUCUUGUGGAAUCACUCACUCUGUACUUUCCAUGAAGGAAAAAGAUAAGGCUAAAAAGUUUAGUCUUAGCCUCUUUUGGCGCAAUACUUCCAAGAAAGAAAAAACUAAAAAAGUCCACUCUACAUUUUCUGCUCAGUUUCCUCCUGAGAAAUGGCCAGUCAGGGAUGAAGACGAUUUGGAGAACAUUCCACGGGAUGUUGAACAUGAAAUUAUCAAGCGCAUCAAUCCUGUACUGACUGUUGACAACUUAACUAAACACACAGCACUGAUGCAGAAAAUUGAAGAGCAGAAGAAGUACAUCAGCAAAGGAACUUCUACAGAAGUGCUAACAAUGAAGCACAAAUAUCCUUCAAAAGCAUGCAGCUGGAAAAAACAGAAUAAAGCAGCAAAGUACCAUGGGAAGGGGCAGCGUAUCAAAGAAAAACGGGGAAAAUGUAAAACCAGUGAACUGAUACCAGCUGAUGACAAUUUGGCAAGCUCUGUUGAACAUCCAUUAUCUCACGUUACAAGUGAAGUGAUGGUUUGCAAUAAACAGCUGUGUGAUGAUGUGUUAGAUAUGGAAUCUCAUUCUUUAUAUAAAAGAGAAAUUAAUAAUCCAUUUAAAGAUAUUCCAAGUAGAAGGAAUAAGUCAACAAAAGGUUAUAAAACGCAGAAAAAUGGUGAUGUAAACUGCAGGGCUGUUAGAUCAGAGAGGCAUUGUUCAUGGUCCCAGUCUUUAGAUUCCUCAAGAACUAUGGACUGUAAACCUAAAGUAUCUCUCUCUGGAAAAUGUGAUGCUGAAGAUGAGAAAAAGAAACAGUUAGAUCACCCACAAUACCAAGCUUUACGAACAGAUGGCACACACAGAUCUUUGGCAGAGAGAGCCACUUGUACGUGUAAUUUGCACAGAGGGACAAACUCUCAAAAUACAGUGGAGAUCCAAGUUGCUUCUAAAGUUUAUGCUACAUUCAAAAAUGAAGAAGAGAAAAGGUAUCCAGAAAAUUCUGUUCAAACUCACCAUUGUGAUAAAACUAAUGUGUGUGAUUUACUAGGUCAACAUUUGGAUGACUGUCUUCCCACUGAUACAGAUAUUACCUGCCAAUUUAAACAGGCUGAAAGUAUUGCUGUUCACAGACAAGUGGACUUAAAGAGUGAGACAAAAUCCAAGAACACCAGUAAAUGGCUUGAGUCUGUUUAUUCACAGUAUGAGGAAUUCAUUUAUGAUGAUCCAAUUCAGUAUCAAAAAGUGGAUAAUGGUGGCGCUCGUAGUUCUUUAUGUAAUGAUCUUGUCCAGGAAGAAGAAAUCGAAUUGUCCAAGUUGAAAUCUUAUCAACUCCCAUACAGAUCUUCAGAGUCAGAGAAAUGGAAUAAUAUAAGAGAAGAAAUGAGUCCGAAAGUGUCUGGAAAAGAAAGGGCUGAUUCUCUCUUUCCAAACUACCCAACUGAUACAGGUACCAUUGAUACAUACAAACAUGAAGAAAGUGGUUUUCUCAGUCAGACUAACUCAAAGGAUAGCUUGAAGGAACAUGGUAAAAUGAACCUAGGAGGAGAAACUUGUAUGUGCCAUCAAGUGUCUUCUAAAAACAAUGAAGAGAAUGAGGGUGUUUAUGAUCAAGGGCAGAGAACUGAUAAUACUGAAAAGCAUGUACUUGGAUUCCAUGAGGUGCAAGAAACAGACAACAGAAUUUGGGAGAAGUCAGCAAAUGAAGUGGCUAUUGAAGCAACUUCCUUGAUGUUGCCGUCCAAAGACUGGGAAAUUAAGACACACCUUGUGGGAAUACAACAGUCAUUUGAUAACACAGAUGAUGUUCCUCUAGAUCGGCAAAUCCAGCAUGAACAAAACCAUUUACAAGGCACAGGAAACCAAAGUAUAACAGGAGAUAGUGGGAUAGAUUCUCCCAGAACACAAAGUAUGGUAUCUGCUAAUUCUGCCAUCUUGGAUGGACUGAAGAAAAGAAGAAGCUUUCUCAAGAACUUAGAAGGUAUAGAGAAGACUUUACAGAGCAGAAAGACUCUUACCCCAAACUCCUUGCUUCAGUUGACACCAGUGAUGAAUGUUUAAUUUUUCCUCCUUUUUUUAAACAAGUUUUGUGAAUCUAUUUGUAAAUCUAUUAAUAUAUUUGCUGUAAAUGUCUUAAAUUAACACAUGUGGUAAUAUAGGUAAGAUGUUGGGUAUUUCUUCCAUAAAAUGUAUGAAUACUUUGUAAUAAACAUUUUUACUGUUUUUUUUAAUGCUGUAUUUGUGAUAACAAUAAGCUCAAAUCUUAGUAAUUUCAGGGAUGCUUUCUUGGCCCAGUAAUGAAGUGGUUUGACUAUGCGGAUUUUUUUUAAAACAGCCUUUUUUCUACUGUUUUCCUUGUUUAUUUACACAUUUGGAUGUUCAUUCAAGCCCAAAAGUGGGGCACGGGGGAACACACCAUGUUUUUGAGAGCUAAAAACAACUUUGGAGAGAGAAUAUUGUAUACUGUUUGCUGGUUAGGAUUAAAUCAUUUAUUUAAC